AUGCGUUUCAUCACCAACAAAAAAGAGAAUGAAAUGAAGCGUCCCAAAAAGUUCUUUAGGCCGUUGUCUAUGCUACGGGCGAAAACUGAAAACUCAGGGGAUGAGUCGACUGACGGGAAUGGAAACGAUAUGGAUCAUCUCCAACUUCCAUAUUUUGGUGACCAAGAAGAUUCUGAAAGUGAUGAAGAGUUAGGUAGUUGUCAGAUCGAUCUAGACCAUGCAGAAUCGAUUAUUGGAGGAUCAUCUGUAAUAUCAAGGCAUGAGGGCGGCAAUCACAAUCAAAUUGCUAGUGGCAGGAAUGAAGACGCUCAGUCCACGCACAAGGUUUUCUCAUUUUCGUUACCAUUUGCCGGUUCUUUUUCACCAAGGUCUUUACCACGUUUGGCUCGUUUAAAUCCGUUCAGCUCUAACGAAGAUCGAAGGCAACAGAUUAAGCUUAAAUUGACAAGGCAGGAGUCAAUAUCAACCUUGGAAGAAGAGUAUUUAUUCAAAGAUAGGACGUUGGACAAUUCUAGGGUUACAGCGAUAAAACGAGCCCUCACCCCAACAAACAUAAAAAAGGAGAUAAGGUACCAUCUCACAUAUGCGGAGAGACCUCAAUGGGAAAGGAUCUUUGAAGAGCUAGAUGGUGACGUGCUCGUAUUAGGCGGAUAUCGGGGAAGUAUUCUUCGUGACACCGCAACCAAAAGGCGCGCUUGGCUACCUGUAGUUAAAGCGGGAUUCAAUUUCAAAAAGAUUGAUCUUUAUAUAGGACCUGACGUAGCAGAUGAAUUGAAUGUUGAAAGCAAAAUUUAUCCUGACGGAAUUCUAUCGCAUAUUGGACCAAUCGACAUUUGCAAAAAGCUACUAAAAAGGUUAGAGAACUCAAACGCUACACUUCACAACUAUGGCUAUGAUUGGAGACUUUCAGCCCACCUUAGUUCACAAAAAUUAACUAAGACCUUGCAAAGGAUAAACAGGGAAAAUGGUGGAAAAGGUGUUCUUGUAAUCGCCCAUUCUAUGGGCGGACUCAUAGCGCAUCACUCUAUGCAAUGCAACCCUGAACUAUUUAGGGGGAUUCUUUACGUUGGAGUUCCUUCUAAAUGCCCCAAUGUUUUAGGUCCAAUUAGAUUUGGUGACAAUGUAUUACUAUCCAGUAGGAUCCUGUCUGCAGAAGUAAACUUCAUGAUGAGAUCAAGCUUCAUAUUUCUACCAUUAGACGGAGAGAUUUUUGUUGAUAAGACAAAAAAUAAUGAGAAAAUUCUACUCGAUUUUUUUGAUCCUAAAACAUGGGAAGAGUAUCAUCUUUCUAGUUUAGUAUGCGAACAGAGAAAGCGCCUGGUUUCUGAGGGUAAAGACUUGAUCGAAGAAUCUACUGGGCUGGCAUUUCGGACUUCUUAUCUCGAUGCCUGUAGGUACCUAAGUGAAACACUAAAAAGUGCUAAAAGUUUCCUACUAGAGCUUGAAUAUGAUCCAUCAAAAAAAUCGAGAUAUCCACCACUGGCAAUUGUAUACGGUAACAACUCGGCUUCUGUCCGUGAAUCCCAGGUUCAAGGCUUUGAUGGACUAAAAGCUGGUGAUUGGACAGAUUUCACGUAUGGGCCUGGUGAUGGAGUGGUGCAUCAAAAAUGGUUGAUGCCUGAAAAAAGAGGAUUUAACAUUGUGGGGAAAUUUGCAUCUUCUGCUGGUCAUGUGAGCCUUAUGACAGACUUUGAUGCAAUUGCGAAAGGUUUGAUGGCUAUACUAAAUGCGGAGGGAGAAGGACUGGCUAAGUGA